GGGCCGGGCCGGGCUCGGCUCGCUGUGACACCCAGCCUCGCACAGCUUCACUGACAGCACGCUCGGAUUACAAAGUUGUCCCCCCAGUGCGCUCCUUUUGGCCGCGGCCGGGUUAAUUUUCUUCACAGCGGCUGGCGUGCGAGCAGGGCGGUGCAAUGGCUGUCACGGUGAAAGAAUGCCUGGAGCUCCAGCUGCUGGAAGUGGAAAUGCUCCUUUCGAUGUUUCCCAAAAGAGGAGAAUUCAGUCUGGAUGCGGAUGCCGUGCCCAGCAUCCAGCGCUACCUGAGGAAUGCUGACGGAGCCCUGCCCCCGCAGCUGGAAUAUCGCAUCGCUCUGGAUGUCGGGGAGGCGAAGGUAAAGGUGGAAUUGCAGGUUCUCCUUCCUCAUAUGUACCCCCAGGUGGCUCCUCAGCUUUUUGCCAGAUCAGAUGCUCUGCACCGGCAGCAACAGUUGCAGCUCAAUACUCGUCUCAUGUCUCACAUCAGCUCUCUGGAUCCAGGGGAUCUGUGUGUAUGUGAGGCUGUGCAGUGGGUGAAGGACAACACCCUGCCCUUCUUGGAGAACUCUCAGACCUCGUCUGAGUGUGCUUCUAAAGAAGUCAGGGUUAAGGAAGUGCUGCGUCGCAUGUGGAUCUACAGCCAUCACAUAUACAGGCAGGAACUGAGGAAAAAGAUUUUUGACUGUGCUAAGAAGUUAAAUCUGACUGGCUUCUGCCUAACUGGCAAACCUGGUGUCAUCUGUGUGGAGGGACUCCAAGAAAACUGUGAAGAGUUCUGGCGUGUUAUUAGAUAUCCCAACUGGAAGCAUAUUUCAUGCAAGCAUGUGGAGAAUAUAGAAACAGAGGGAAGCAUUGAUAAUCUUCGUCUUUUUCACAGUUUUGAAGACCUGCAGUUUCAGGCACAUGGUGAUUAUGGCCUGAGGAAUGACUAUCACAUGGAUCUUGGCCAGUUUCUAGAAUUCCUGAAACAGCAUCAAAGUGGACACAUUUUUCAGAUUUUAUUUGGUGUUGAAGGCAAACUUUCAGACAAUUGAAACUGCUUAUGAACAGUUCUAAUUUUGGAGAGCAAGAGGUGUUGCAAACACUGAAACAUUCUGCUUUACAGCUACUGUGAAAAAGGAAACUUUAAUAUCUGAGAUGAAUGGUUCAAGUAGUUCAUCUCCGCUUUUGUAUUGAAGUGCCAUGUAUUUUUAAGACGUGUUCACUGAUUUUCUAACACUCUAAAAUUGGCAUUUGUCUCUGUGACCCAUGCCUCAAAGCACUUGCAAGGUGAUAAAUAUUCCACAGUGUGUUAGGAAUUAUACACUUCUGUCUCCUCAUCUGUACUGUGCUGUGUGAAUUUCUUCCCAUCUCACCUGAACCUACUCUCUUUCAGUUCAAAACAUUGCCCCCUGUCUUGUCACUACAUGCACUUGUAAAAAAGUCCCUUUCCAGCCUUCCUGUAGGCUCCCCUCAGGUACUAGAAGGUGCUAUAAUGUCUUGCCAAAGCCUUCUCUUCUCCAGGCUGAACAAUCCCAAUUCUCUCAGCCACUUGUCAUAGGAGAGAUGCUUCAGCCCUCUGAUCAUUUUUUGUGGCCUUCCUCUGGACUUGCUCCAGCAGGUCCGUGUUCCUUUUACGCUUGUGUCCCAGAGCUGGAGGCAAUGGUCUCUUUGGGCAGUCACAAAAGUGGAGUAGAGGGUGAGAAUCACCUCCCUCAGCUUGCUGGUCAUGCUGCUUUUGAUGCAGCCUAGGAUACACUUGGCUUUCUUGGCUUCAAGUGCACAUCACUGGCUCACGUUGAGCUUCGUGUCUACCAGUACCAGGAUAUAAUGAGGCCAAGUCCCUCUCCCCAGGGCUGCUCUCAAUCCAUUCUCCACCCAGUCUGUGUUUGUGCUCGGGAUCGCCCCGGCCCAGGGGCAAGACCUUGCUCUCAGCCUUGAACACUAUGAGGCUUCACAGAUCCACCUCUCCAGGUCCCUCUGGGUAACAUCCCUUCCCUCCAGUGUAUUGACUGCUCCA